GUACCAAAGAGUUUGGCAGCAGUUGUGACUCCAGCCAAACGUCACCUGGCUGGUAUAGAGUUACAGACUUUUGACUCACUUAGAGAGAGCGAGAGAGAAGUGCUGCAUUUGCCUGCUGUUGUUUCCAUUUGGAGAAUUUUCAGUUGAAGAAGGAGGAACUCUGUGUACACUGAGCAAGUCCUGGGACAGCCUGUUCUGAGGAUCCAGAAAGCCAUGGCACCGGUGUUUCUGCCCACUGACCAGCUGAGGACCAUGACCUGAGAGAUGGAGCAUUAUCUCUGUCCAGCUAACAUUGGGGUCAGAGUACUCCUGGCGUGAAAGCUCCAUACUAAAAUCCAGGUUGUACCAAAGGAUCCUCAUGUGUCAGAAGGGGUGAUUGACAACGCAGUAGAUAUGGACAGUCUGAACAGGAACCUGCCUGAGUGUGGACGGCAAACCCAUCAGGUGUUACAGAGCACGCCACUGGAUCUGUUUGAGAGCGGCAAGGGGCUGAAGGUCCAGGCAGAGCGCCCCCAUCUGGUCAGUCUGGGCAGUGGCCGUCUCAGUACGGCCAUCACACUGCUGCCCCUUCCUGAAGGCAGGACCACGUUGGGCCAUGGGGCGAUGGACAUCAGCAUCCAGGGCCCAGGAGUUGCCGCCCAGCACUGCUACAUAGAGAACCGGGCAGGGAUCAUCACUCUCCACCCCUGUGGGAACCAGUGUGCCACAGACGGGCUUCCUGUCACCAAACCGGUCCGCCUGUCACAAGGCUGUAUGCUGUGUUUUGGCCAGUCAGUAUUUUUCCGCUUCAACCACCCAGAGGAGGCGUUCAGGAUGAAGAGCAUGAUGCCAGGGGGAAGCAAGGGCUCCGGUGGGAACUACAGAAUCCACUCAGACUCAAAGAGCCUGGUCAAUGGGAACCAUCAAUCAGGAGCAUCCCAGUCACACCACCCAGCCCCCGGUGAGAGAGUCCCACGCUCCGAGCAUAGUGCCAUCGUCAGCUCCAUCGAAAAGGACCUCCAGGACAUCAUGGACUCCCUAGUCAUGGAUGAUCCCCAGCCUUCCUCUUCAGACUCAAAAAAUCCAGACCACCCCAUCCCCCACUCCCCGCUGUCCCCCAUGGUCAACGGAGGAGGCCGCCACCUCCUCUCCCCUCCCACCAGCCCGGGGGCCAUGUCAGUGGGCUCUAGCUAUGAGAACACCUCCCCGCCCUUCUCCCCUCUGUCCUCUCCCUCGGCGGCCAGCAGCGCAGGCAGCUACACCAGCCCUUCUCCCAGCGGCUGCCUGGACCCCCAGGACCUAUCCCUGCCCCCCGUGCCGGUCCGCUCAUCCAGCUACAACUACACAACUACACCACCCAUCCCCCAGCCAAGGACCAUAAUGACAAACUACAGCCCCGGCGGUGGGGUGCAGAGGGUUCCUGAGAGCCCCAGGCUCCAGAGGAAAUGUCUCCUGGAGGCCCCCCAGAGCCCCAAGCCGGCCCGCAGAGGCCAGAGCCUGGACAGCCCAGGGGUGAUGGGUUCAGAGAGCCCCAGACUGACCCACCUAUCUGUUGCAUCAGCCGAUGCCGGGUACAUGGGCAGGAACGCAGUGCCAAGUAACCCCAGACUCACCUCCAAUUUCUCCUACGCCGCCACGUCUUCCUCCCCAUCCAGUCCCAGGACGAAAGCGGGCAACAUCCUCCAGGAGCGUCCGGCCAGCCCCUUCAGAGAGCAGGUGGACCGCUCCCUCACCUCCAGCUCUUCCAGACAGCUGCUAUCCCAGCCCAGCAGGGCCUUCCAGCCUCCCCUGGACCCCAUCGUCCACAUAAUCCAGGGGGGCUCUCCACUCCAGCAGCACCACCCCUUUCCCCACCCUCUCACGCUGCAGCCCCCAAAGAGCCCUCGGCUCUCCCACAGGAACCUCGACCUCAGUGGCGGUGGUAGCAGCAGCAUGAGGGAGCUCCCCCCUCUCAGCCCCUCCAUGGCUCGCAGAGGGGUGCCUGUUCUCCCGGGGCCUCUCCCUGGAAGUAUCCCCAUGUUGAGAACGCCCGAGAGCCCAUCAUCAUUGGGGAAGUUGGGAGUCCCGGAGAGCCCCGGGCUCCGACGCAAGGCCGGCUCCCCCCCGGAGGACCAGUUUGGCGGCAGUGUGGUCCGAGCCCGCAGCCCCUCCCCUACCUUGGGGCUGAUGAUGAUGGAGAGCGGGGGAGGGGGAAGGAAGGCCAGCUUUGGGAACGCCCUCUCCCCUGCUUACAGCCUGGGCUCCCUACCUGGCUCUUCGCCUCUCGCCAGCCCUAGGGGCCAUAGGAAGAUGUCCGGGGGCCCCCGGGAUCAGAGGGGCCCCCACCCGGGCAUGCGGGAACGGAAAAACAGCAUCUCUGAGAUCAGCGACAACGAGGACGAGCUGUUGGAGUACCACCGGCGCCAGAGAGAGGAGAGGCUCAGGGAGCAGGAGAUGGAGAGACUGGAGAGACAGAGGCUAGAGACCAUCCUGAACCUGUGCGCCGAGUACAACAAGGGCGACGGGCCCUUUGGGGGCGAGGCAGAGGGGAGGAUGGGCUUCCCUGGGGGCCUGGGACCGGGGGAGAGGGCGGCCAGGAGACCCUCUAUGGACAGCUUGGUGGGGGCCGGCUCGCUGCAUCGUAGCAUGGCCCAGAGACAGCAGAGGGAGAGCGACGAGGAGAACCUCAAGGAGGAGUGCAGCAGUACAGAGAGCACCCAUCAGGAGGUGAGGACGCCACUUCCUCCACAGGCCCUCCACAAUGGAGACCGAUACCAGCAUGAGGAGCAGUCUGUUUCUGGCGGCGUGGAGCGGACAGAGCUGGGUUACCUGGAGGACGAGAGGGUCAGAGUGCUGGCCCGAGUCGACGAGCUCAAAUCACGAAUCACAGAGCUGGAGCAACAGCUACAGGAGUCCAAACAGGAGGCAGAGAUGGAGCGGGCCCUGCUGCAGGGGGAGAGGCAGGCAGAACUGGACCAGGUAGAGGCAGAGACGGAGAUCAUCGGACAGCUGCAACACAAGCUCAACGAGCUGGAGAACGCCAUCCAGAGGGAGAAAGACAAGGCAUUGCCAAAUCCUGGAUGGCCUCCCAAGACCGUAUCUAGUUGGUUUUGCCAUCCCAAGGAGAGGGCAAAUGUUGACGCAGAGCGCCGAGACCUGGCGAGCCUCCAGGAGGGUUACAGUGAGCUGAAGAACCAGCUUCAUAACUGCCCCGAGUCACUGAGGGAGCAGUUACAGGAACAGCUCAAAAGGGAGGGCGAGACCCUGGAGUCAGAGACAAAACAGUUUGAGGACCUGGAGUUCCAGCAGCUGGAGAGAGAAAGCAGCCUGGAGGAGGAGAGGGAGACCAUCAGCCAGCAGCUGCUGCAGGAGAGGGCCGAGUACCACACCAGCGUGGCCAAGAGGAAGGACAAGGUGGCAGCUCUGGAAGGCCAGGCCAGUCAGCUGGGACAGCAGGCAUCUCAGGAGUGUGACAGGCUGGCUAAGGACAGGAACCUUACCCUGCAGAUUCUCCAUAAGGAGAAAGAGAGGCUAUCGGCCUUAGAGAAGAGGUACCUCAGCCUUACCGGAGGAAGAUCUUUCCCUAAGUGUUCCAGCACCAUGAAAGAGGAGUACAUGAAGCUCUCUGAUGUCUAUGAGAUGUUUGGGAGUGAUUGCCAUGACACCCAACUCACCACCUCUGCUCAGCACGGCCUCUCGCUCACCAUAGAUGCAGCUGUAACCUGUGAGGAGUACGUGACUGUGGGCCAGUUAACUCAGUUCUUUGGGAUGCCGAAGGUCGAGUCCUCCCCUACCUCUCCUCUCCGGCCCCUCCAGUCAGGAGCUGGAGACCCCGCCUUCUCCUGCCUCUCCUUUCGUCACGGCUCCUCCCCCUCUCUCUCUGUUGAGUAUCAGCCUGAGUGCAGUAGGCCUCAAAUCCCCACUCUCGAUUUAGAGCAGUGGUACCAGGAGGUGAUGGCUGCUGUGGAGAGCAGCCAGCUCUGCCAACCUCCCCCUCUCCCAGCUAAACCUCUCUCCACUCGCAGGCCUAUGCAGGUGUUCCGUUCCAAGCUGGACAGUGAUGCUGGACAGACGGUACAUCAACCCAAAGCAGGCUCCGGAUCCCAUCUGCAGUACGUAGCCACUACACUGGGACGCAACACGACCUCCAAGAGCCCACUGAUGGUUCCCAACAGUACAGGCAGUUUGCCACGGAACUUGGCUGCCACCAUGCAGGACAUAGAGACCAAGAGAGCGCUAGCCUUACAGCAGAAAGAGUCCUCCUUGCCUUCCACGUCUGAGUCUCCCUGCUCCACCAUGGACAAUCCCACAGACAGACAGAUAGACAAACAGACCACUCAACCUGGGAGCCAACAGGUGAUCGAGGAGCAGCGGCGUCGAUUGGCUGAGCUGAAGCAGCGGGCUGCAGUGGAGGCCCAUUGCCAGUGGGAUGCGCUCCACGGCUCUCAGACCCACCUCUACGCCCCCUCACACGCCCACGGCCCUCCCAUGGUGCACCACUCCAUCCUGCACCACCAGCCGCCAUCGGCGGGCGAGCAGCCGUACGACACACUGAGCCUGGAGAGCUCCGACAGCAUGGACACCAGCGUCUCCACAGGCAACAACUCGGCCUGCUCCCCCGACAACAUGUCCAGUGCCAGUGGGAUGGAUGCGCUGAAGAUCGAGGAGAUGGAGAAGAUGCUGAAGGAAGCCCACCUAGAGAAGGCCAGGCUCAUAGAAUCCAGAGAGCGAGAGAGCCAUGCCCGUAGGCAGAUGCUGGAGGAGGAGAGGAGGCGGCGCGAGGAGGCUGAGAAGAGGCUGCAGGACGAGACGGUGCACAGGCAGCAGCUGGUGGACAAGGAGGUGAAGAUGAGGAGCAAGAACUUCUCCCAGGCCCGUCCUAUGACUCGUUACCUGCCCAUCCGCAAGGAGGAGUUUGACCUGCGCUCCCACAUCGAGUCAUCCGGCCACAACGUAGAGACCUCUCACCACGUGAUCCUCACAGACAAGAUGUGUAAGGGUUACCUGGUCAAGAUGGGCGGCAAGAUCAAGUCGUGGAAGAAACGCUGGUUUGUCUUCGACCGCCUCAAAAGGACCUUCUCCUAUUACGUUGACAAGCACGAGACCAAACUGAAAGGAGUCAUUUAUUUCCAGGCCAUUGAAGAGGUCUAUUACGAUCACCUGCGUAGCGCCACGAAGAGCCCCAAUCCCUCGUUGACCUUCUGUGUGAAGACUCACGACAGACUCUACUACAUGGUGGCUUCUGCCCCGGAGGCCAUGAGGAUAUGGAUGGAUGUUAUAGUAACUGGAGCAGAGGGCUACACGCAGUUCAUGAACUAAGAGGAGACUUGUGUACGGUGGCCUAGCAGUGAAACGAUCACAAGGAGACUGCUGGGACACUUCAAUAGACUCAGGCCUUAUCCCUCCCAGUAUUGGGAAAUUGCCUUUUGUUAAGUUCAUUGUAUCUAUUUUUAAAUCACUUUACAAUAGACGUUUUUCUACUUGCUUCUGCCCGCAGAUUGAAAAAGACUGUAUAUAACCAAUGUCAGACUUUCUGCUCAAUAGCCUUUAUUUUUGCCAAAUUGAGUGUUACAGGCUCUUGCUUGGGAGGCCUACUUUGUGUAUCCGUGUCUAAUAGUUCACUUUUUUUAUAGGAGAAUAAACCUAAUUGAAACCAGUGAGGAAGAUGUACUGCUGAACUAGAUUCCACUAAUGUUGCCAAGUCCUGAUGACAGCCAUUCCACUGAGACCAAACAGUACAAUAAUGCUAAUCAUUCUGUGCCUUGAGGUCAUAAUCCUAGUCGGUUAUUGUCACUGAACAGUAAGUUCCAGCCCCCCUGUAGAUCUGAUUGGAUAGGUGGUGACGCCAGGUCAAAUUGCUUCAGCUUUAGAAUGUCAUGAUCUGGUAGCUUGACAUUGUAAAGGAUUCUUAAUGUGUUUAGGUUUAUAGUACCUCAGGCAGGUUAACCAUGUCACUCAAGUGUGAGAAAAGACCUUGAUAUAUUUUCCCCACACCGAAAUGGGUAUAACCAAAUGUUCAGUGUUAGAAAAAGGUUUUAUACUGUAAAAUGUCACUCAUUCAACCAGUAUUGUACAGAAAUACAUUUCAAAAGAAGUCUAAUGGCCAAGACACUUCAGUUAACAUCUAGUCUCCCGCACUGUAGAACAUAGCUCCCAUAUGUUGACUGUACACUUUCAUGUAUGGAUUCUCAAUUCAGAUCUAUUAAACCAGACGAACAUUUGUUUUGAA